GAUACAGAAGGGGAGGGAGAGCGAGUGAGGGAAAGGGAAGGAGAAGGGGAAAAUGGAGUGAGAAAUAGAGAGAGUAUGAGAGAGGGAGAGAUUGAUAGCAUGUCAGGACUCAGUAGCUUCCUGUUUCUACACUCUACAUUAUACCUUUCAUUUGGACACUGUCCAGCCAACAGGAAUAGGAGCGUGUGAGGGGACAGCAUCCCCUGCCCUGUCAGAAACAGGCUCCUGCCCAGAAAACAAGCACACACACACACACACACACACACCCACGUGUGCUGCGGAGAGGACUAUCGACGCAGGGGUGCAUCAUGAAGUCUCAGCAGAAAUGCAUCGUAAUCUUUGCGUUGGUGUGCUGUUUCGCUGUGCUGGUGGCCUUGAUCUUCUCAGCGGUGGAUGUCUGGGGAGAGGAUGAAGACGGUAUAACAGAGGAGAACUGUAACAAGAAUUGCAGGGUAGUCCUUGUGGAGAAUAUUCCAGAAGAUGUCACCUUCUCUGAGAAUGCUAUGUCCCACCUCCCCCUCUCUGCUGGGCUGCACAGCCUGUUGGACCUGGCAGUGGCUGGUCACUCUGUGGAGAUUGUGUCACCUCAAUGGAACCUGAACCCCUCCGACUAUGAAUCCAGAUUCCUACAAUCUUCUAGGCAGGGUCAGGCUUUGCUGCAAAGACUGCAGGGGCUGAAGAAGAAGGGAAUCAAUUUGAAGAUAGCCAGUGGAAUGAUCAACUCUUCAGAGCUGAAGAGCCUGUCUCGUCACAGUGAGGUACGCUACAUUAACAUGACAGCCCUGACCAAAGGCUUUCUGCACUCUUCUUUCUGGGUGGUGGACAGGCAGCACAUCUACAUCGGCAGCGCCACCAUGGACUGGCGAUCACUGUCCACGAUGAAAGAACUGGGCAUCAUCGUCUACAACUGUAGUUGCCUGGCACUGGACCUGCACAGGGUAUUCAACCUCUACUGGCAGCUGCAGUAUAAGGACUUUAUACCGUCCAUGUGGUCCAAAAGGCUGAGCGCCCUGUGGAACAAAGAUGAGAACCUUCCACUUCUCUUCAACAACACCAAGGCUGAAGUCUUUGUCUCUAGCUCUCCAGAUGUCUUCUGCCCUAAAGACAGGACCAGAGACCUUGAUGCCAUAUCCUACGUGAUCCAAAAGGCCAAGAGGUUCAUCUACAUAUCCAUUACAGACUAUCUGCCUCUCACUAACAGGAAUGCUCACAGAUACUGGUCACGUAUAGACGGGAUGCUUCGGGAGGCCUUGAUCCUGAGGAACAUCGAAGUGCGUCUGCUAGUAAGCUGCUGGGAGCAGACGCAUCCCCUGACCUUUAACUUUGUGUGGUCCCUGAAGACCCUGUGCAUGGAGCUGGCCAACUGUUCAAUGGAGGCUAAGUUCUUCAGCCCCAGGGAGCAGAGAGAUGGCACGCUACAGGGAAUCAACCAUAACAGAUUAAUGGUGACAGACAGUGCUGUGUACAUAGGCAACUUUGACUGGGUGGGGAAUGAGUUUACGUUCAACGCUGGAGCAGGCUUGGUGAUCAAUCAGGCGGAGGGGGUGAAAGAGAAGAACUCAACGUUGGUGGAACAGGUGAGGGCUACGUUCGAGCGGGACUGGUAUUCACGCCACACCAAGAGCCUGCAGGCUAACAAGAUCCCAGUCUGCAACAAGCACCAGCUCAACCAACUGGCACAUCUCAAAAUCGCUCAACCAACAGAGCGCAAUGGGAGUAAGGAGAGUCCCAAUGGCUCCCUCUGAAUCCGAAGACGUGGUGCGUUACGAGACUGAUUUAUGCAGGCUUUAAGAGAAAAUUAACAGUUUAAUACUGAAAUCGGACACUGUAGACGUAAUAUAGGACUUGGAGGGCAUUUGUUCAUCUAUUGAACCUUCUGCUUAUUUCAUCCUGACUGUUUCUUACAGAAGACAUUCGUGGAAAGGGAACUGAUCAAAUAAAUGGAUUGUCUAUUGAAUGCUGAACCUCAGUAAAUAUAGUUCAUCGUUAAAUCCAUUUUGCCAAUAAUGACAUCAUUCAUCACAACCCUUUAAAACCCUCUCUGGCCCAAGCAGGUUGGAGCUGCAUGGACAGUAGUGUGGAGAUAUCUUAUACAAAUCUAUACUCCAAAAGGUGUUUACCCGGUGUGUCUUCAAUUUUCAUUUACAAAGUGCAGCAUACCUCCAACCUCGACCAAAUGAACUGGGGCCAUCUGUCUGUUGGACCACAGCUGAUCAAAUGAAACUAAUGGGGAAAAUAGGAAUGCCAGAAACCUCACCUGACUCCUAAGAUAAAGACAUAUAUUUGAUGUUUAUUGUUGCAGAGUAAAGACAAUUAUGCCCCCAUUGGCAUUCAUCUAUUUUGGUAUCAUGUCUAAAAUUCUGUUUUGGUCUAAACCAGAAUGUAAACUGACUGGGGUUGAUCUCAGAAUCUUGACUCAAUUUCUAGCAAAAGUUGCAGUCUUCUAUUCUGUAUAUUUUCUAUGUUGGAAACACUCAAUAGGGUAGAACUAGAUAUUUAACUUGUGAUAGAGCUUUAGGGCUGUUAUGUUUUUAACAUGAUCAAAUCAUUUAUAUAUUAUUAAUUAUUUUUUGAGCGUCUUGCUUCCUGAAAAGUGUUGAAACCACCAUGUCCCUGGACAGUACUUAGUUUGUAAUGGAUAUGCUAUCAUUCCCCGGUCUUAUGCAUAGGUUAAAACGAAAACCAACUGAAGUGGUCAAUAGCAUACUAACAUUGGAAGGAGCUGAGCUGCCCUUUUAAGGUCUAAGACAAGGAUGGGAAACAGGCGGCCCCCCUUUUGUAGGCCCACGGAUCAAUUUUCAAAGCCUUAAAACAAAAGAUCUGUCAGGGUCUCAACUUACUGUUGAGUUAGAUUAGUAGAAUACACAAGGUGACAUUUUGAAAUGUGGUUGUGCAUCAGCAGUUUCUCUCGUUAUGUCAGUCACUCAAGUAGCCCAUGUCAGCAAAAACAACUGUGAUUGUAAGUUAGCUGGCCACAGGACUAUCUAAACUUUUAGUAAUCAUGGUUGAAUUACCGAUUUGGGGGGCCUCCAUUGAUGUUGUUAGUCACAUCAUAUUAAAAACGGCAAACCUUUCUCUCCACCCUAUGACAAAAUUAGUUAUAAAAUUGAGAAAUCUUCUCCGCCUCAUGGCAAAUAUGUAUAGAAUUGCAGGAAAUUAACUCUGAAACGUAAAACUUCCCUUAAUGGCCCCCAAAAGGCUCUGAUUGCAUGUGUGAGUAUGGAUGUGGGUACACAGACCAGUGAGCCACUGCUGCCCCCUAUGAUGAGUUCGGCUUUGUUGUGGCCCCCACCCCCAUCAAAGUUGCCCAUCCCUGGCCUAAGGUAUUUGUUUGGUAAAGUUACAAGACAAUGAUUUUACCUAAUGGAAUAUUGGUCCUAGAUUCCCAAGGUCUUCGUGAAUAAUUAGGUUUAUUAGGUAUAACUGGAAAAGGGUGUUGAACCAGUGGGACAACUGUAGCUCUCUUUAAAAACAGAUGUUGACUUAUUGAACAGAUAUUGUAAACAAUUGGAGGCUAUUUCAGUCAGUAAGAUCAAUAGCAUGACUUUUUAAAGACUGCUAAACACCAUUUCCAGUUCCCCCAAGGACAUGUUUUGAAAUAAGACCUUAUGCAUUGAACUUAACACCGGCAGAGAAAGUAACCACAGCAACUCUUUACACCACACGCAUGAUACACUUUGCGCCUGAACAUCAAAGAUGAUCAACUACAGGAGUUGUCAACACCUUUUUAUGAACAUGUCACUCCAAUGACUAAAUACUGUAUGUAAUAGGCCUAUCUGGGGUGUUUGAUUGGCAUUACACUUCUAUUAAUUCUGUUUCAUCUGUCUUUUCAUAGUAAUAUAAUGGGAGAAUACUUUCUCCAUGUUUACAGGUGGUUCCCUUCACACAUUAUUUUAUAACUGGGGUUCUGUUAUAUCAUAUUCUGAUACAAGAAAAAUAUUAAUAGUAAAUUGAAAAAAUAACAAUGCACAUACUUCCUGAAAAUAUGAAUACGUUUGUCAGCGUUAACCAGUACAUAAAUGUAGCAUUAACACAUCUAUGAUGUACACUGCUCUUAUGGCAGACAAUGUUCUUAAUCUGACAGUAAAUAUCUGUACAACAACUUACCCUUUAACUACAGGUAACUGCCAAAAUAUAGGAAACAUCAUCAGUGUCUUAAUAGGGCGUUGGGCCACCACGAGCAGCCAGAACAGUGUCAAUGAGCCUUGGCAUCGAUUUGACAUGUGUCUGCAACUAUUGGAGGGAUGCAACACCAUUCUUCCACGAGAAAUUCAAUCAUUCGUUUUUUUGUUGUUGAUGGUGGUAGAUAACGCUGUCUCAGGCGCCGCUCCAGAAUCUCCCAUAAGUGUUCAAUUGGGUUGAGAUCUGAGACACACACACACACACCCUUUAAACCCCCUAUGCUCCUUUGAGACCCCUCUUUCAAAGGCACAGAUAUCUCUUCUAGCCAUGGUAGUCAAAGUAAUGGGCAACUGGGCAUUUGUAUACAUGACCUUAAGCAUGAUGGGAUGUUUUAAUUGCUUAAUUAACCCAUGAACCACACCUGUGUUGAAUGAACCUGCUUUCAAUAUAUAUACUUUGCAUCCCUCAUUUACUCAAGUGUUUCCUUUAUUUUGGCAGUUACUUGUAUGUCCUCAUGUCAUAAAGAGGUAGUCAAAGGCAUAGGACUGCUGUUGGUGCAACAGUCCAGAGUAGGCUACUUUAUAUAUUGUUUUACGAGUGCAUCAAUAGUGACUGUCAAUGAUCUGUUUAGGAAUGCACUUUGUCACUGCACAAGAAACAUGUUUUCUUAUUCAAUUGCUGGCAAACCUUCAGUCACUCCAAUGACAUGCACACUUGAUGUAGCAAUUCUGGGAUAAACAUUUCCUAACCUAUACAUCGAACCCAUUCGUAACAGAUCAGAGCUAACCAAAUGUGGGUGUGUCCCAGAUACAACCUACAGUAUAAACUGUCCCUGAUUCACUGUUGCCACCUAGAGUUUGUUUAAGGAAAGACUAUUUCUCUCACCUGCAAACAAGCACAAAAGAUGUCUGAAUACAAAGUAAAGAUUAAUGAAUAGUCUUAGUCCUCAUCAUCACUUGCGCAUUAGACAGACAGCCUACAUUUUAUUAGAAUAGUCUCCUGUGUAGUUUUUCAAAAUGUUAGAUUAGAUUUGUACAUCCACAGUAGGCAAACAUGUCAUACGCUACUACUGAAUGGUAAAUUAAUUAAUUUAAAAGGUAUGAUUGUAUUAAUAGCUUGAAGGAUACCACUGUGGUCAAGGUGAUUUACAGUUAAUUUAAAAGCACAUUGCAUCACAACACAUGGAAGACCAGUGGAGGCUGCUGAGGGGAAGAUGGCUCAUAAUAAUGUCUGGAAUAGAGCAAAUGGAAUGGCAUCAAACCAUGUGUUUUGAUACCAUUCCACUCAUUCUGCUCCAGCCAUUACCACGAGCCCGUCCUCCCCAAUUAAGGUGCCACCAACCUCCUGUGUUGAAGACAUUGAUUGGGCUGGUUCGACAUUGCAGCCGACAGUGCAGGCGACUGCCGACUGACUGUUCUACAAAUCACCUUGCAUUGUAAAUAGCGGCUCAUUAUUUGUUGAUCAGUCAAUCACAAUUUACCCAUAAUACAUUGCGGUUUUGAUGCUCUCGAACAUGACCAUUAAUUACGAUACUAUUACAGUACAAUGACUGCCCUCUGGAGGACAAUAUGUCCCACCAGUUAAUUAUAUACUGAACAAAAAUAUAAAACGCAAAAUGUAAUUUUACUGAGUUAUAGUUCAUAUACAGAAAUCAGUCAAUUUAAAUAAAUUCAUUAGGCCCUAAUCUAUGGAUUUCAUGUGACUGGGAAUACAGAUAUGCAUCUGUUGGUCACAGAUACCUUAAAAAAAGAUGAUAGGAUCAGAAAACCAGUUUUUUUUUUUUUUUUUUAUUAUUAUUUUUUUAUUUUACCUUUAGGCAAGUCAGUUAAGAACAAAUUCUUAUUUUCAAUGACGGCCUAGGAACAGCGGGUUAACUGCCUGUUCAGGGGCAGAACGACAGAUUUGUACCUUGUCAGCUCGGGGGUUUGAACUUGCAACCUUCCGGUUACUAGUCCAACGCUCUAACCACUAGGCUACCCUGCCACCCCAGUAUCUGGUGUGACCACCAUUUGAUUGUGGCAUGUAGAAAGUUGUCCCACCCCUCUAAUGGCUGUGUGAAGUUCUUGGAUAUUGUCGGGAACUGGAACAUGCCGUCGUACACGUCAAACCAGAGCAUCCCACACAUGCUCAAUUGGUGACAUGUCUGGCGAGUAUUCAGUCCAUGGAUGAACUGGGACAUUUUCAGCUUCCAGGAAUUGUGUACAGAUUCUUGUGACAUGGGGCAGUGCAUUAUCAUGCUGAAAUAUGAGGUAAUGGCGGCAGAUAAAUGGCCCCAGGAUCUCGUCACGGUAUCUCUGUGCAUUCAAAUUGCCAUCGAUAAAUGCAAUUGUGUUCGUUGUCCAUAGCUUAUACCUGCUCAUACCAUAACCCCACCGCCACCAUGGGGCACUCUGUUCAACGUUGACAUCAGAAAACCUCUCACCAACAUUAUGCCAUACACGUGGUCUCCGGUUUUGAGGCAUAUUGGACGUACUGCCAAAUUCUAUAAAAUGACAUGAGGGCAGUUUAUGGUAGAGAAAUUAACAUUCAAUUCUCUGGCAACAGCUCUGGUGAACAUUCCUGGAGUCAGCAUCCCAACUGCACGUUCAUUCAAAACUUGACACAUUUGUGGCAUAGUGUUGUGUGAUAUAACUGCACAUUUUAGAGUGGCCUUUUUUGAGAAAUAAUAUUUUUGUGCAUAUGGAAAACGUCAGUUUAUGAAACAUGGGACCAACACUUUAUAUGUUGCAUUUAUAUUUUUGUUCAGUGUACAUUACACCAUCUCCGUUUCCAAAUGUACAAAUAAGCAGAGUAAGUUAUGCCUUACAAAUAUGUUCUCAUGCAUAAUACAACAUACUUUCUUUGCUUAAUUUUGGCAUGCCCACUGUUGCAUGCCCUGCCUUUAUGAACUGUAGGACUAAAGUACAAUAGACAGCCUUAUUUUAACAAUAUAUAUUUCAAAAUAAAAAAAGGAGUGUAUAUUUAUUGUAUAACCUUGACGCCUAUAUCGAAUUCAUACAUUUAAUGUUUACUCUUAAUAAAAACAAAUCUGA